AUGUGUGUUUACAAAGCCAUUGUGAGGCUGCGUCACUGCGAGAGUGGGGGGAGAGUGGGGGGAGAGUGGGGGGAGAGUGGGGAGAGUGGGGAGAGAGUGGGGGGAGAGUGGUGGGAGAGUGGGGGGGGGAGAGUGGGGAGAGAGUGGGGGGAGAGUGGGGGGAGAGUGGGGGGAGAGUGGGGGAGAGUGGGGGAGAGUGGGGAGAGAGUGGGGGAGAGUGGGGAGAGAGUGGGGAGAGAGUGGGGGGAGAGUGGGGAGAGAGUGGGGAGAGAGUGGGGAGAGAGUGGGGGGAGAGUGGGGAGAGAGUGGGGAGAGAGUGGGGGGAGAGUGGGGAGAGAGUGGGGAGAGAGUGGGGGGAGAGUGGGGAGAGAGUGGGGAGAGAGUGGGGAGAGAGUGGGGGGAGAGUGGGGGGAGAGUGGGGAGAGAGUGGGGGAGAGUGGGGGAGAGUGGGGAGAGAGUGGGGGGAGAGUGGUGGGAGAGUGGGGGGAGAGUGGGGGAGAGUGGGGAGGGAGUGGGGGGGAGAGUGGGGGAGAGUGGGGAGAGAGUGGGGGGAGAGUGGUGGGAGAGUGGGGGAGAGUGGGGGAGAGUGGGGGAGAGUGGGGGAGAGUGGGGGAGAGUGGGGGAGAGUGGGGGGAGAGGGGGGGGAGGGGGGAGAGUGGGGGGAGAGAGUGGGGGGGAGAGUGGGGGGAGAGUGGGGGGAGAGUGGUGGGAGAGUGGGGGAGAGUGGGGGAGAGUGGGGGAGAGUGGGGGGAGAGUGGGGGGAGAGUGGGGGAGAGUGGGGGGAGAGUGGGGGGAGAGUGGGGGGAGAGUGGGGGGAGAGUGGGGGGAGAGUGGGGAGAGAGUGGGGGGAGAGUGGUGGGAGAGUGGAGGGGGGGAGAGUGGGGGAGAGUGGGGGAGAGUGGGGGGAGAGUGGUGGGAGAGUGGGGGGAGAGUGGGGAGAGUGGGGGAGGUGGGGGGAGAGUGGGGGGAGAGUGGGUUCACAGGCAGAGGAGCAGAGAACAAUAG